AUGGAGAGGAAACUGAUUGCGAACAGCAGGUUGUGCCCUCAAUGUGAUGGUGAGAUGAAAUUGGUUGAGUGCAAUGAUAGGUCAGAUGGUUGUAAGUGGGAAUGUAGGAAACAGUUGAAUAGUAAAAGGCAUAAGGUUGAGUUGUCAAUUCGAAAAGGUAGUUGGUUUGAGAGAAGUAAUUUAACGUUGGAAGAAAUUUUAAAGUUGACGUACUGGUGGUGUAGAGGCGUUGAACAGGAAAUGAUGAGGUUUGAAGUUGAUGUUAGUGGAAAUACAGUCGUUGAUUGGGAUAGCUUUUGUAGGGAAAUCUGUGAGGUGAAUUAUUUAGAGUGUGAGGAAAAAAUUGGUGGUCCAAAUAAGAGGGUGCAAAUAGACGAAAGUAAAUUUGGAAAACGCAACUAUCACAGAGGUCAUAUAUAA